GACAAUAGAAUUCCUAAAAACGCAAGCAGCAGCGUACGAUCUGUCUUAGGCACUGAGACAUAUACCUUCAUCGUCUACAAUACCUAUAGAUGGGAGGGAAAAAAGCAUCGACCCCACCAUCGGUAAGGAAUUCUGGACUCGUAGAAUUCCGGAUCUCUAAAAGCUUGGCGUUUGUGGAAUAUCGCAAGUGUCGCCCGAGUCAUAUUUAUAAUAUAUAAUAAUCCCUCUCGACCCAUUCUGGACCGCUUAGUUCUAGGAGCUACAGGCACGAUUACCCUCACAAUGGCGGUUUUGGGAAUCAUAUUGGGCCUGCUAGCGGCGGGAUUCGGCAGUACAGCAGCAGGACUCACGAGAGCCGAUCCCGUAGUGACACUGACGAAUGGUAGCUACGAGGGCUUAUACCUUCCAAGCUUUGAGCAAGACAUCUUUCUCGGCGUGCCGUACGCCCAAGAUACCGGUGGGCAGAAUCGAUUCCGCGUUCCACAGUCCUUGAACGAGACAUGGAAUGGGACACGGGCGGCUAAGGCUUACGGCAACGCUUGCCCGGACUAUUAUUUAUCGGCUGAAGAACUGCAUGGUAUGAGCGAGAAUUGCCUCAGCAUCAACAUUGUGCGACCGGCUGAGGUCCGUGGUAGUAGUAACGGUAGUAGGACCACCUCGCCCCUCCCGGUGAUGCUAUGGAUCCACGGAGGUGGCUAUCAAUACGGCGGUAGCGGACAAUCCGUGUAUAACCUCACAUACCUUGUGCAGAAAUCGGUAGAAAUCGGCUUUCCCGUUAUCGGAGCUAGCAUUAACUAUAGAAAAGGUGGUUGGGGUAAUCUGUACUCUGUUGAAAUUCAGGGAUCUGGGAAUACCAACCUAGCACUGCGGGACAUGCGCAAAGCGCUAGCCUGGGUACAAGAAAAUAUUGAAGCCUUCGGAGGGGAUGCUUCAUCUGUGACAAUCUGGGGCCAAUCCGCCGGAUCAUUUGCCGUGGGCCAACUUUUGAUGAGCUAUGGCGGACGAACAGACGGCCUCUUCCAUCGUUCUAUCCAAGAGAGCGGGAGUGCGACGACAGCGUGGUGCAACGGGUCAGACUGGUACCAGCCUAUUUAUGACAACAUAGUCGAUCAGGCCAACUGUAACUUGGUUCCAGAUACACUUGAGUGCUUACGGACCAUCGACUACGAGACCCUUUAUCCGCUUCUGAACUCGUCAGUUAUCCCUGGCCCAGGAUUCUACCCUACUGUUGACGGCGAUGUGCUCCCCAACUACCCAUCAGAACUCUUGCGUGCCGGUCGGUUUGCACACGUGCCUCAUAUUUAUGGAACGGUAUCAGAUGACGGUACCGACAACGCCCCUUUCGGCAUUAAUACGGACGAGGACUUGCGGGACUUCCUGCUCCAUCACACGGGUUUCGGCUUCCCAGAAGCGACGGUUGAUCAUAUCCUGGAGCUAUAUCCGGACGACCCAGCGCAGGGAAUCCCUUUGAACACGGGAUCGGAACGCUUUGCGGAUUAUGGAUGGCAGUAUAAGCGGGUUGCGGCUAUCGUAGGCGACGUCUUCUACCACGGGCCACGACGUUUCGACACGCAGAACUACGCUCCGUUCUCGCCGACGUACGCGUAUAGAUUCAACACUCGGCCGUGGGAAAGCACACUCGCCAACACUACGGCGAUUGGCAAUCCCUUCAACGGGACCGGAGGGCUCGCACCCGCCUAUAAGGGCGUAGAGCACUUUAGCGAGGUACCUUUCGUCUUCGCUAAUCCAACGAUGCUGGGCCCGUGGCCAGAAUACCACAAGCUGAGCGACCAAGUAAGUAGCCAGUGGAUACGAUUCGCGCACACGGGCAAUCCGAAUGGUCCGGGAUUACCACAUUGGCCGCGAUACGAUAAGGGUAAAGACGGCCUUAAUCUAGUUUUGCAGACGGAGGCGCAGGGUGGAACGUAUGUAGAAGAGGACACAUACCGGUUAGCUGGGCGCGAGUAUCUGACGCAGUGGGCAAGAAGGAGGCACGUAUAAGAGUCUUCCGAUCGAAGGCCCGGUUGUAAUAACACCCUUAUUUAAUCCUAGUGAUAGGCAUAGGCCAGCUUACGGUUAAGAUAGUAGCCCCUAUUCAUGAUAAUAUAAAGUCUGGCCUGCGUUGACUAUUCACCUUCAGUAUUGUUUAUUAAGAGCCCAUUGUCGAUUCUAGAUGGUAUCAAAUGUGCACGACAGUCUGCCAAUCGGUUAAGCUUUUGUGUAGUACGAUGUGCAGUCUACCAAUGCAAACCGAAUAUAUAAUGUAGUUAUAUCGUAAUGUAUAUCAGAACCAUGGGACAAGUCGCAUGUUGCUUGCUUGCUGCUUAUUGUAAACUGACGUGUAAAUAGGCAGCAUAGGCGGUCAACGGUUUACUA